AUGUUUCGCAUAUCAUCCAACAUAAAGAGCCGGUGGAAGGUUUUCUUAACACUUCAAAAAAAACAAGUUAAUGUGACUAUCAACCUUGAUGCCGAUGAUAUAGUCGAAGAACAAGAGUUUCAAAAAUGGACGGAUGAAAAGAUAUUAAACUCUCAUAUACAUUCUUACGGGAAUCUACCAGAAUAUAAGUUAAAGGCUGAUAUACCUAGUUUUCAUAGUGGUUUACAAAUUGAAGGUUUGCUGGAUUGGUUUUAUGAAUUUGAAUCCUUUUUCAAAUUCAUGGAUGUCCCUGACUCUUCUAAAGUAAAACUCGUCGCCCAUAAAUUGAAAGGUGGAGCUGCAUAUUGGUGGGAAACAAUGUGUGAAGAUCGAGAUAAAUAUGAUAAACCUCUUAUACGAGCAAAAUUGGUUGAAGAAUAUGUAGCUGAGUUCUAUGGUUUGGUUGCUCGUAACCGAUUGAAGGAAACUGAAGAAAAAUUAGUUGCACGCUUUAUAGAUGAGUUGAGUAAUUUAAUUCAACAAGGGAUGACACAAUCAUCUUUUAUUAUGGUUGAAGCAAUACAACAAUCUCUUAAGGUUGAAAGGCGUUUUCUCAAUACUUCUCGCCGACCAACUCCAAGACAGGCUCGUUAUCAACAUUUUUACAAAGCUUCCAGACCAUAUAAAUCUUAUGGUUACCAUGGUGAAAAAGGUUCAAAAAUCGUUGUUGAUCCACAUGACAUAAGUUCAAACAAACCAUAUCAACAACAACAAACUACUUCUGUUCUUUCAGAACCUACUCCUACAAUGCAUAUUUCAUCUGCUAAGCCACCACAGGCUCCUCCACAACGAAAUUUUGUUCAUAAUAAUCGAGUUCAAGAAGACACACCAACAGAUGAAGAAUUAGGAUAUGAUGAGUUUAAUUAUCUGCAAGAACAUGAGACUUAUGAUGCGGAUUUUCUUGGAGUAAUUCGCCCAGUUUUAAUCACUGAACCAUGUCAUACUCAGAGAUAUAAUAUUUUCAAAUAUCAUUGUUUCAUUAAAGAAAAACUUUGCACCAUGAUCAUUGACAGUGGAAGUACAGAAAACUAUGUUUCUGCAAAGUUAGUUGAGAAACUUGGGUUACCUGUUACUCUUCAUCCAAAUCCGUAUUCAGUUGGUUGGAUAAACAACUCUUCCACUCAGCAAAUUAAUCAUCAAUGUUUGGUGAAAUUUUCUUUCCCCGGAUAUUUAGACUAUGCUUUGUGCGAUGUUAUUAACAUGACUGGAGCAAGUUUAUUGUUAGGAAGACCAUGUCAGUAUGAUAUUCGUGUUGUUCAUAACUGCUAUGAGAAUACUUAUACCUUUGUUCAUGAAGGGUUUACUAAAGUUUUAUGGCCUUUAAAAACUUCUACUUCAGUCAAGGAACCAACAAAUAAGAAGACAACUGCAUUAGUUGGCACCAUUGUUCAUUCUUUACAACCAACUCAUUCUUUGAGUUCUCAUGAAGCUGAUAAACUAACGGUGGAGAUUCCAGACAAGGUACAACCUUUAUUGUCUUAUUUUAGUGACUUAUUUCCUACUGAGUUACCCAAUGUUUUUCCCCGAUUGAGAGAUCUACCACAUCAGAUAUACUUUAUACCUGGAACUUCUAUUCCUAAUCAACCUCAUUAUAGUUAA